AUGGCUAUUGGGCAGCAAGUGUGCCUUUCUCCUGACUUGACCGUUGAGCAAGCCAAGCUUAGAGCGAGUACAAUCAUCAACGUGGCGUCCUCGAAAGCUGAGCAGUUUGGGGAAGCUCCUGGUGUUGAGUCUGCUACUGAUGUGCCACGUCCUUCGUUUUCUCUUACUCCAUCGAUUCCUGCUGCUACGCCUACUGCUUUUACAACCCGAUUUGACCCUAUCAAGCCAAGUACCAAGGAAGAUGAGAGGCACAAGCCGAAGAGAGGAACCCCGACUGGAUCUGGCGGAGCAGAGUUGAAGUCCCGUAGUUCUGAUGCUGGCAUUAGCAAUGACAAGGAAGAGGAAGAGGAAGGUGCUGCUAAAGAUGCACGCGUGUUAGAGCUUCUGAAGUUGGAAGAGCAGCUGAAGGCUAAGAAUGCGUGGGGGGGGACACGUCAGCGAGGUGGACUAGGGCAAUCCACUCGGGAGAACGGAGGGGCAGCAGGCCUAGUGGAAGGACAAGGGCAAGAGGAAGAGGACUAUGCCGUGAGCUGUGCAAGCUUGUUGAUGUCCUUUCAGAAGUUGGGAGAGCGGGCAACGGCCUUUGCGAUGCAGCAGAGGGCAGCUCGCGCUGGAGUCCAGAUCGACAGGGGGGGACUGGGACAGUCCGAUGAGGCAAACAGAGGGGCAGCAGAGAAAAGGGGAGCCGAGGGCAAUCCAGAGCUGCUUCAGAUGCCUUUUCAGGCGAAUAUGGUUCACUUUUUGGACGUGAUGAGCGCAAUUGUCGAUGAGCUGGGGGCGAGCAGGAACAGGGAGUUUGACAAUUUUGCAUCCAUGCUGGUGCAGGUGCUGGGGGUGAAGGAGAGUGCUGAUCUGCAGAAAGGGUGUGGGUUCUUUGUGCAGCACCUGCUGUCAGGCGUGUUGGAGAAGGCGCAUGCUGAGGGGAGGGGGGGAGCCGGGGGUAAGGCUGCUGAGAAGGUGCAUGGGGAGGGGAAGGGGAUGGGGGGGGGCUGA